AUCAACACUGCUAAUAUGUCGAUUGUAGGAGGAACAUCACAGUUGAGUUCAUCAGAAAGCGCCUUUAAUGAAUGGUCUGGGUGGGGAGCAAACUACUACAACAAUCGAUGGGCUCAGCAGAACACAGCUGUGUCGUCUUCCAGCAUCCAGUCUCUUACCAGUCAUUGUACAAUCUCUUAUCCAAUCGGACUAAGUGCGACUCCUGUGAUAUCUGGAGACGCGGUGUACUACCCAACAUGGAACGGCUCUUUUGUUGCUCUCGAUUAUCUGAGAUGCCAGAUUCUCUGGGAGAUUAAUGUCACUGCCAUAAUCGCGAGUUAUUCCCCAAUCACCGCUCUUCAAAUGGAUUUAAUGCAUCCAGUAUCGCGAACUAGCCCACAAGUUGAUGGCGAUAUUAUCUUUUUCGGAACCUUAGCAAAUGCACUCCUCGUUGCUGUGAACCGACUUACAGGAGAGGCGCUGGGCAUGGUCCAGGUCAACCCUCACCCGGUGGCUGUGGUCACCAUGUCUCCAACUCUCUACAACGGCAAGAUCUUCAUCGGCUCUUCAAGCUACGAGGCAAAUGCUACUCCACUUCCUGGCUAUGUGUGUUGUACAUUCGUGGGGAAUUUUGCCGCAUUUACCUUCGACCCAUUGACUAGUAAAUUUCAGGUCUUGUGGAAUAUAACCAUGAUACCUGAGGCUCAGGCCGCAAUGGGCUGGGCCGGUGCAGGUGUUUGGGGCAGUCAGCCAGCCAUCGAUGCUGCUCGUGGUCAAGUCUUUAUUGGGACUGGAAACACCUACUCCAUUCCUGAAGUAAUCAUUGCUUGUCAAAAUAUUACACAGAAUAUCUCAGCAGUUCUCAAAGGCUACAUAUCAGACUCUUGUCUACCACUUAGUGUCUGGCAAGAAUCGGUUAUGGCGAUCGACAUUGACCUGGGGGUCAUCAAUUGGAUACACCAACUAUCACCACUAGAUGCGUUCGUCGCCGCGUGCGGAGUUCCUGGAAUAUUUCCCAAGAAUCCGGUUGUCUGUCCCCAUAUUGAAGGCCCCGACGCUGACUUCGGCAUGGCACCAGCUUUCGUUCCGGGUUCCCGCUCGACACCACAAGGAAAGGAUACUUUGGUAAUCGGGCAAAAGAAUGGCAAUCUGUACGCCAUGUCUGCCGAGACCGGUUAUCUUUUCUGGACUACGACGACGAGCCCCAAUGGCGACGAGGGUGGUCUAAGUUGGGGGAUAGCGGUCGAUGAUAGCCUCGUAUAUUUCACUGCCAUAAACUCUCAAGAAAAGACCUUCCAGCUGUAUCCCUCCAACCAAAUGCAUAACCGGAGUGCAUACGGCGCGACAAGUCUCUCAGAUGGAACAAUACUCUGGACUGUCGCUAUGACGGGAAACGUGGUUAACGUCUUGGAGUUGGACUCGAACUUCCAUGGUGGCGUUGCUGUCCAGGGCGAUUAUGUGUUUUGUGGUACUGGCUACUCAUUUUUAUCAUCGGGGCUGCCCAAUGGCUCCUUGAAUGUGAUGCGUGUUCAAGGCUGA